CGCUGCCGACGCGCCGCGCGCCUGCGCACUGCUUCCCCAUGUGUGCUCCAGCCGUCAGCCGGCCCAGCUGAGCAGCGGCUGGCAAGUCCUUCGGCAACGGACCUUGUCACCAGCGCAGCAGCCUCAGUCGUCUGCUAUUGCCCUCCUCUCUCGGUGGUCCGCACAGCGCACGUCGCCAUGGGCAAGAGCCGAACGAAGCGCUUCAAGCGACCUCAGUUCUCCCCUACGGGCGACUGUAAGGCCGAUGCUGCUGCGGCGGCGAAUGGGACCGGAGGUGAGGAUGACGACGGGCCGGCGGCCGAACUGCUGGAAAAGCUCCAACACCCGAGCGCCGAGGUCCGGGAGUGCGCCUGCGCGGGACUGGCCCGGCUGGUGCAGCAGCGGCCCGCCCUCCCGGGCCUUGCGCGCCGAGACGCCGUGCGCCGCCUCGGGCCGCUGCUGCUGGACCCCAGCCUGGCCGUCAGAGAAACGGCAGCCGGCGCGCUGAGAAAUCUCAGUGCUUGUGGAGGUUUUGAAGUUUGUGAUGACAUGGUGACUAAGGAUAUCAUGACCCCCCUGGUCGCGCUGCUAAAAGAGUGUAGUGCUGGACUGGAUUCAAAUGAGAUGUCUCCACAGGAGAAAAAAGAUCAGAACAGAAAUUCUAUUGAGAAUAUAGCCAAUGAGGCUGUGAAUGUGCUAUGGAAUAUAUGUGAAUGCAGUAGUAGAGCAGUGUCUAUAUUCAACAAAGAAGGGUGUUUGGAGAUUGUAUUAAAGUAUUUAAGUAAGUUUCCCACCAAUGUUGACCUGGCUAUUUCAGUAGCAUACUGUUUGCAGACAGUGACUGAGGAUAACCCAGAGCUGCUGAAGUCUUUCAGUGCUACAGCAUUGCAUGUGCUGGAAUCAGUACUGCUUUCUCCUGUCAGUUCCAUGGAAUCCCUUCUAUUGAAAACAUUGGUGGCAGGCACAAUUUGGAAUCUAAAGGACAUUAUUCCAUGCAAGAGUCAAGCAGAAAUCAUAAAUGCCUUACUAAAGAUCUUAUCUGAAGUUUUGGAAAUGGAUGCUGGUGAAACGGUUAUUCAAAUGAAAGAGGCUGAAAUGCAAAGGCUAAAAACUGCGGCAGAGGCUGAGGAAAUAUUAGAGAACACUAAUGGUUAUGAUUUGAUUGAAGAUGAUGAAAUGGAAGGCAUUUCUCGUAAAAGAAAAGUCAGAAGGAAAACUUUCGUUUCAGAUUUACUUCCGGCCACUGACAAGGAACUGAGAGAGACUAUAGCAUUGCUGACAGCCCAACAGACUGCUCUGGAAAUUAUCGUCAACAUGUGCUGCAAUGAAGAUCCCUCCGAUGACGAAUGGGAAGAGCUUUCUAGCAGUGAUGAAAGCGAUGCAUUUAUGGAGAAUUCCUUCAAUGAAUGCGGGGGACAGCUGUUCUCUCCCCUCUGCCUCUCCCAUGAGGUUCACACGGCUCUCACCCACUACCACAUCCCAAAGAAGAUUUUUGAGAAAACAGCCUUUCCAAACAGCACUGCAGUUGACCUAUGUUCUAGGAACUCUACUUGGAAACCUUUGAUUAGAAAAAUGAACACUAUCCAGUGCAGAGCCCUCCUGUGUCUCCAGAGUCUUGUGUCCCUCCUGGAUGUGGAGCAUCUGGGAGGAGCUGCAGCCCUUCAGACACUUGCACAGCAUCUGUCACAGCUGCUUUUUUCUCAACCAGAUUUUGCUAAACGUGCUGACUUUCUAGAAGCCAUAAGUGGUGCUUUGAGGGCCCUUUUGCAAACAAUGGCCUCCAAGAACAUUUCCCAGUGCAUGACUCCUGAUCAGCUGAUGACGUUAUGCAAAGGAGGCAUUCAUAGUAGUAAUGUCGCGGUUAGAGUGAAUGUCGUUAGCAUUUUAGGAAUCACUGGUAGCGUCCUUGCCAAAGAAGAUGGUACACUUGAAACUCUUAAGAACGUUGGGUGCUUCCUGCUUGAGGUUACCACCAAAGAUCCUUCCCUUGUGGUAGCAGGAGAAGCUUUGGAUGCCCUCUUUGAUGUUUUUGCAGAUGGUAAAGAAGCCGAAAGAGCCUCAAUUCAAAUUAAAUUAUUAUCCGCUCUGAAAGAAUUCCAGCCGGUCUUUAAAAUGAAGGUGCUGGAAGGUGAGGAAGUCCCUGUCCCUGCCUGUCUCCCAAGGCUUGCUGACAAGAAUGAGAAGCCUGAGAAGUCUCUGUGGUAUCUGGGAUGACACAGCCCAAUGAAUUCCAGAGGACACAGGAGAAAAGAGGCACUAAAGCCUACAUAGAAACAUGAGGAAGAGAAUGUGGCCCAUGCAGUUGCAGUCCCGCCUACCUGACCUCAUCUUGACACUCUGGUGACACCAGCCUGACUUCCAGCUGCCACCCGCUGCCUUUCCUUGCCUGAGGACUUCCUUGAACCCCCAGGUCCUCCUUUGCCGAAAGAUAACAGUUCAGAAGUGCAGGGAAUGGACUCACCUGCCCCCAUCCCUCCACGGAUGACUGACAGGAGGAGGUGCAUAAAGGCCCCACACUCCUGCCCCUUGGGCAGGAGGGUCAGAUGCACUUUCUGCAUUGGCUCCCAGAGUUCCCCAGCAGAUUAAGUUUUAGAGGCUCCCAGGGUCACCCUGCUGGAAAACACACCCACUGUUGCUGCCGUCCCUUCCCUACUGGACUUCCCCUCUGCCCACUGGUGUUUCCUGGGAUCACCCACACAACUGGUUGCACUUGAAACCUUGGGAGAACUCAAGGCAACACAAGGCAUAUUUGAAUUAUGUAUAGACAUAGAGAGAGACAGUGUGUGUUUUGUUCUGC